AUGGAGAAUGUCCUCAUUGAUCUGGAUACGGGAGUCGCCAAGCUCAUUGAUUUCGGGUUGGGCAGAUUCUUCAAUGAUCCCGAUGAGCUUAUUCACUCGUAUCGUGGCACGUUUUACAGCGCACCACCAGAAUGGUUUAAAGAGGGAAAAUUUAACGGCCUGAAAGCCGCCAUUUGGUCACUGGGGAUCCUACUGUAUUCUAUGAUGACGAGCUGUGAUCCAUUCGCUGUUAACGAGGAGAACGUCCCACUUCAUGACACGUUCAGAGUGCGUGGUGAUCUUCCAGAAGGUGCCCAGAGAUUAUUGUCACGGUGCUUGGCAGUGGAUCCAGCCGAGAGGCCAACACUGCAGGAAAUUUUCAAUGACACAUUUUUGGUGGAUGCCCCAAAACCGCCGCUGCCACGUGAGCUGAUAGAGAAUGGUGGUGUGCGAAGAGAAAAAGUGUUGUAA